GACCUUGAUAAUGAUAAACACAGUGACGUUAGAGUCAGCUUAGAUCUAUAUUUCGAAGUACGACGCAGAAAGUGUUUCUACGUUUCAGUUUCAAGCUAGUUUGACGAACAGUUUUGUCUCAACUCAAUUUUCCAUCUAUACUUGUGCGUAAGAUAAUAUUGAGACAAUGGCCAUAAAUGCUGCAAGAGCUGUACUUAGACAAGGAAAAAGUGCGUUAUUAAUAUGUGAUAUUCAAGAAUCAUUUGCUAAGGUUGUAAAAGACUUCGACAAUUUCGUUAAAAACUCCUCCAAAAUGGUCAAUGCUUUGAGAAUCCUGAACAUUCCUAUGAUAGUUUCUGAACAGAAUCCAAAAGGUCUAGGAAAAACUGUUACCGAAAUUGAUAUUUCCAGUGCUAAAGGACCUUUUGCUAAGACCCUAUUUAGUAUGUGCACACCUGAAAUACGUAAAGAACUUUCAACAAUUUGCGGCGGCCAAGCACCAGAAUCUAUCAUACUAAUGGGCCUUGAAGCACACAUAUGUGUGGAAAAUACAGCUGUUGAUUUAAGAAUAGAUGGCUAUGAGGUUCAUGUUGUAGCAGAUUGUUGUGUGUCGCGCACUCAAGAAGAUCGACUACUUGCUUUGCAGAGAAUGCAGAACAUAGGAUGCCAUAUAGCUACUUCUGAAAAUGUCCUAUACAAAUUAAUGCAAAAUGCAAAUCAUAAAGAAUUUAAGAAAGUACUGUCUCUUGUUAAAACACCAAUUGCAUACACAGGACUUGUGCCCAUCUCUAAGGUGUAAAUGUACCUGGAGUAUCUCUGUUUCAACUUUGUACUCUUUAUACCAGUACAUUUUUUCGAUAUAUUUUACAAUAGUUGGUCAUGAUGAUUUUUGAGAUGAAAAGUAAUCAAAUAUUUUAUGAAAAUAUGCAUAUUUUAUUCAUACUUCAGGAUACAAGUGUU